GGGCGGGCAUAGACGCGCGCCGGAGCCGCGAACAUGGACUUCACGCGCCUCUGGCUUGGGCUUCUGCUGCCCUGGGUAGCUGCGCUGGAUUUCAAAUACCACCACCAAGAAGAGAUGGAAGCGUUCUUGAAGAGCGUGGCCCAGAACUACAGUUCGAUCACUCACUUGCACAGUGUUGGGAAGUCUGUGAAAGGUAGAAACCUGUGGGUGCUCGUUGUGGGGCGGUAUCCAAAGGAACACAGAGUUGGGAUUCCAGAAUUCAAAUAUGUGGCGAAUAUGCAUGGAGAUGAGACUGUGGGGCGGGAAAUGCUGCUCCACCUGAUCGACUAUCUCGUAACCAACCAUGGGAAGGACACGGAGAUUACAAAGCUCAUCAACAAUACUCGGAUACACAUCAUGCCUUCGAUGAACCCAGACGGCUUUGAAUCUGUCAAAAAGCCCGACUGCUUCUAUAAUAGUGGAAGGGGCAAUUCUAAUGACUAUGACCUGAAUAGAAAUUUCCCAGAUGCUUUUGAAUACAAUAAUGUAUCAAGGCAGCCUGAAACUCUGGCAAUCAUGAAGUGGCUGAAAACAGAGACAUUUGUCCUUUCUGCGAACCUCCAUGGCGGUGCCCUGGUGGCCAGUUAUCCAUUUGAUAAUGGUGUUCAAGCCACUGGAGCAUUGCUCUCCCGAAGCGUAACUCCUGAUGAUGAUGUUUUCCAACACCUUGCAUACACCUACGCUUCAAGAAAUCCCAACAUGGUGAAAGGAGAUCAGUGUAAGAAUAAAAUGAACUUUCCUAAUGGAAUUACAAAUGGAUAUGCUUGGUAUCCACUCCAAGGUGGAAUGCAAGAUUACAACUACAUCUGGGCCCAGUGUUUUGAAAUUACCUUGGAGCUGUCAUGCUGUAAAUAUCCUCGUGAGGAGAAGCUUCCGUACUUUUGGAAUGAUAACAAAGCCUCGUUAAUUGAAUAUAUAAAACAAGUGCACCUAGGCAUAAAAGGACAAGUUUUUGAUCAGAAUAGAAACCCAUUACCCAAUGUAAUUGUGGAAGUCCAAGACAGAAAACAUAUCUGUCCAUUUAGAACCAACAAAUUUGGAGAAUAUUAUCUACUUCUCUUGCCUGGUUCCUAUACAAUAAAUGUUACAGUCCCUGGACAUGACUCACACCUCACAAAGAUGGUUAUUCCAGAAAAAUCCCAGGACUUUAGUGCUCUCAAAAAAGACUUUCUGUUUCCAUCCGAAAGGAAACUGGAUUCUAUCCUAGUAUCAAAUCCUUCAUGCCCGAUGAUUCCUCUAUACAAAACAAUGCCAAGCCACUCAGCUGCAACAAAGCCUAGUUUGUUCUUAUUUUCACUGACUCUUUUGCGCAUAUUUUUCAAGUAAAAUGUGAAGCUCAACCUCCAUCAUCACCUGGAAUCAGGGAUUAGUCACACCAGGUCACAGCAAUGCUAAACUCCCUUUAGUGGUACCUCAACUGGAGAAACUCCAGUCUUUCCUAAAAAGAGAAAUGGAUGUUCCCAAUGUGUAGGGUACUACUGAUGAUUCACUUUAGAAUGGAAAACUAUCAAGUAUUUCCCAUUUAAAUUUAAUGUUGAAGUAGUCUUAGAAAUUGUUGAAUUUGAGAAGCAAAACAGAAGUUCCUGCAAGAAAAAAAAUGGAGCCAAUUUUAUAUAUGAAAAUCAAGAUGAAUACAAACAAGAGAUGGACAUUUAUUGACCACUUACUGCAUAUGACUUUGCCAAUUGCUAUUUGUGAAUAAUGCUAUAACUAGUUGUCCACAAAAGAAGAAAUUAUCACAAGACAGAAUAUCUAGCUUUGCUAAUGUCCUAAGGAGAAAACAUGUCUCAGUGGCCCAAGAAAUUAUAGGAUGGUAAAGUUAUCUACAGCACCUCAAGUUAUCUACAGCACAUUGGUUGAGUCUUUCUCCCUCCAGAGCCAGUGUCCCUGCCUUUCUGCAGCUGGAUGCCAGUUUCUGAGGACAUCCUAAUGUGCAACUCCACCUUCUUUUAAGCCUCAGAUUUAUGUCCAGUUGCCCACUGUACAUACAUACCUGGAUAUGACCCAUAGGUACGUCACUCUACAUUGACCAUUGAAUAGUUUUCCCCUACUGUAUUUUUUAAUCUCAAUUAUUGGUACAACCACUCUAGAAAUCUGAGUGAUCCUGAGUCUUCCUCUUUAUUCUUCAUGCCAUAUGUUGAUAGGUUCAUUAAGAAAUGGUAUAAAUAUUGGCUAAUUCUAGCCAAGUGCUGAUGGCUCUCACCAGUAAUCCUAGCGACU